AUGGUUCAACACCCCCUUGACCCCCUUUCGGUCAACGAAGUGCGCCAAGCAUCCCGCGUUUUGUUAAAAGGACUGGACCUACAGAGAGAUAAAAUCAGGUUCAAAGUGAUCGAUCUAGCUGAACCUUCGAAAGACGAAGCUUUGGUUCAUCUGCUGGAAAGCGGCCCUGUGCCUGAUCGCAGAGCCAGGAUCUACUAUCAACAGAAACAGAAAUAUGUUAUGAGCAGAGCGAUCAUCAACAUCACUAGCGGAAUCCUCGAGAAAACAGACGAUCUUCCUGACGCCCAGGGACCUGUGGACUGGGUUGAAUAUGAUCUCGUUACCACAGCUUGUAACGCCCAUCCAGGUGUCUUGGCUGAGGUCGCUAAGCUAAAAGUUCCGGAGGCAGCUCGAGUUCUCAAUGACCCUUGGGCGUAUGGAACCGAUGAUGCCAAGGAGAGACGACGUCUCUUUCAGUGCUACAUGUAUCUUGCCCUUGAUGACGACGAGGAGGCCAAUCACUACUCUAUCCCUCUUCCUCUUGCUCCUAUUUUUGAUGCUCACACUCUUGAGCUCGUUGAUCUCCAAAAGCUUCCUUUGGGGGUCGAUGACGAAAUCGAUGAUGAAACGCAACCAUGGGUGCCUAUCAAGCCGGUUGAGUACAGCGCAAACAUUCUCGGAUCCGAUGCAUUUCGGAAAGACCUCAAACCACUACAGGUUACACAACCGGAGGGGUCUUCGUUCAACGUCGACCAUCGUACGGUGUCAUGGCAGAAAUGGAAUUUUCAGCUAGGAUGGUCUCUGCGCGAAGGCCCAGUCCUGCAUGAUGUGCGUUACGAAGACCGACCUCUAUUCUAUCGGGUGUCGAUGAGUGAAAUGACGGUACCUUAUGGCGAUCCUCGGACACCUUACCACCGAAAGCAAGCGUUCGACCUCGGCGACUCCGGCUUCGGUCUCACCUCCAACAGCUUGGCUCUUGGCUGUGAUUGCUUAGGCCAUAUUGCCUACUUCGACGGCGUCCGGGUUUCAGCAACGGGAGACCCCGUAGUCAUGCCGAAUGUCGUCUGCAUGCACGAAAUCGAUGACGGAAUUGGCUGGAAACACACACACUUUCGCAGCAUGAAGUCUUCCGUGGUCCGGGACCGAAAGCUCGUUAUCCAGUGCACUUCUACUGUGGCUAACUACGAAUACAUCUUGGCAUUCGUUCUGGAUCAAGCUGCGAAUAUUCACAUUGAGGUGCGAGCCACUGGAAUUCUUUCCACUAUGCCGAUCCGUCCUGACCUCAAAACAUCGCCUUGGGGAACCGUCGUGGCUCCCGGAGUCUUGGCUGUCAACCAUCAACACCUCUUUUGUGUUCGCAUAGAUCCGAUCCUUGAUGGGGAACGAAAGAACACGAUUUUGUACGAGGACUGCAUUCCUGUGCGGGACGAUCCAGAACUUGACCCUUACGGAUGUGCGUUCCGACUCGAUACCACACCUAUCACAUCACCUGGAGGCUAUGAUCUCGAUCUGACAAAAGCUCGCACUUACAAAAUCGUCAAUCCGGCUCGCAAGAAUGAUGUGUCGGGAAAAUUGGCUGGGUACAAGCUUCAUGCUUCGCCCAGCCAGAUGCUGAUGAUGGGGCCCGAGACUUUCAAUCAUCGACGUGGAGUUUUUGCAUCUAAGCCGAUUUGGGUCACUCACUACCGCGACAACGAACUUUGGGCUGCUGGGGAGUUUACCAAUCAAAGCCGAGAAGAUACUGGCCUCGCAGAGUACGCCGCACGAGCGGAAAACGUCGAGGGUGAGGAUGUUGUCCUUUGGCACUCAUUUGGUCUGACACACGUCACACGCCCCGAAGACUUCCCGGUUAUGCCUGUGGAGAAGUUGUCAUGUACCCUGAAGCCAACGAGCUUCUUCAACCUCAACCCUUCCAAUGAUGUUCCGAGAUCAAAUCAACGUGACAACCAAUCUACGCUUCACAAUCAGAGUUUGACUGUUCCCGGAUGCUGUCAAGACUAA